AUAUAUAUGUGCAGUCGCAAUCCCUCUGUGACUGACCGCGGACGAAGCUUGUGGUGUUGGCCUCACUGCUUCACAGCUCGCUGCUGCUUCCGUGGAUGUCUCUAAUGGUGAGGAGGAAGCCAAGCAUGGGCCGCCAGAAGAUAGAAAUCAAGAGGAUACAGAACGAGGAGGCUCGUCAGGUGUGCUUCUCUAAGCGACGCAGCGGGCUGUUCAAGAAGGCGAGCGAGCUCUCCAUCCUCUGCGGGGCGGAGCUCGGCGUCGUCGUGUUCUCCCCCGCCGGCAAGGUCUUCUCCUUCGGCCACCCUUCCGUCGACGCCGUGGUGGACCGCUUCCUCAUCGGCACCCCGCGCCCGCGCACGACGGCCACCGCCGUCUCGACCGCGGUCGAGUCCCGCCGCGAGGCGAACGUCCGCGAGCUCAACCGCCAGUGCAUGGAGCUGCACGACCUGGUCGAGGCGGAGAAGAAGAAGCGGGACGCGCUGGAGAAGGCGGUGAAGAAAGAGCGGGCGGGAAGGCCCUUCUUGUGGGACGCCGACGUGGAGAGCCUCGGCAUGGAGGAGCUGCAGGAGUUCGAGAGGAGGCUGGCGGAGCUCAGGAGCAUCGUGGCAAGGAGGGCCGACCAGGUGCUGCAAGAGACCCUGGCCCGCAAGCAGCAGCUCCCCGUCAUCGGGAACGACGUCGGCGUGCCGGGGGCCUUCGCCGUCAAGCACGAAGUCGAUGUGCACCCUUCUCUUCCCUCCGGAUUCUUCGGCUACGGACAUGGAUUCUUUGGAUCCAUGUAAUGAAAUUGAAUGAUCUUUCUUAUGCUUCACGUAGGAAUUAUCAUAAAUAAUGGAGUAAAUUCAUACAUACUCCAUCUUGUUCUUAAUAAUACUUUGAUCGUCAUCUAUUUGUAA